UCUCUCCCUUCGCGUUGCUGAGGCUGGUUGAAUCGUCCGGCUCCGAAAUGUGCCAUAUGAGCGCAGAGAAUACCCCAAGUCGCGCUUUCUCAGUUGCCUGAGGUUGGCUCACACUUCCUCACAGUCCCUGCUGCCACCAGCUCCGCAACGCCGAUGGACCGUCAUCACUCGACUUAACGGUUUCAUCCACGGUGUGGCCUACCGCGGCAGUCUUGUAUCUACCAUCUUCCUUUCAACCUUGUCCUCAAAUACUCCCAUGCCGUUCGGGAGGAUGAGGCGGUCGCCCAGUCUUUUGCCCACUCAAUCGGCUUACCAGUUCCUAGAGUCCUAUCAUAUGGAGAACGUGAGGUAUGGAAACCCUCGAUAAAGCGAAACUUCAUGUAUGGGUCAAUUCUGAUGACACGCAUUCCUGGACAAAUCCUUAAUGAUUGCCAUAAGUCUCUUGAGCCCUCCCAACUUGCAUCCAUCAUGUCCGAUAUUGACAGUUGUCUUGCCGUGAUGCGUCGCUAUUCCAGCCCCUGGGGAUCUCGAAUAUGCUCUGUUCUUGGCGGCAGAGUUCAUGGUGCUCGAAUCGUAGGAGGUCGGAAUGGUCCUUACCCAAAUUCACUUGCCUUCAAUCACGACUACAUACAAUACAAGCAAUCUCAGCGCUGGGUACAUGAACCCGUCGAGGAGGUGUUGGGCGAUGCGGAAGUCAUGAAUACACUGAGUGCCAACCACCGAGUCGUAUUUACUCAUGGCGAUCUCCUCCCUCACAAUAUCCUCAUCCGUGACGGGCGCCUCGCAGCCAUCCUUGACUGGGAAUUUUCAGGCUGGUUUCCGGAGUAUUGGGAGUAUACGGAGAUGCAGAGGUUUAGUCCUAAAUAUUUCUGGACUCAGCAGGUCGUUGCGUUGCCGAGUUACAAGUACGCUGCGGAGUUGAAAGCGAGCCGAGCGAUGUGGACCCUUGCGUCGGACUCGUUUAAUUUUUGGUAGACUGCGUCGGCGCCUUUCAUAUUGUGGAUUUUAUCUAGGGAUUUCUGCUUUUAUCUCAGACGGGUGCUCAUCAUCGACGCCGAGGCGGCUUGCAAAAACAAACGCGUGGAUGUAAC